CUGAGGGUCCCCGCGGGGGCGGGCGGGCCAUGGAGCGGACUCCGCACCUCGGCGCGCCGGCCGACGGCGACCUGUUCCUGCCCCCGAGCCUGGGCGCGGGCGCGCCGGCCGCCAAGCGGCUGGACCCGGCCUUCCGACCCCCCCCGCCGGCGGCGGCGGCGGCCCCGGGCACGGAGGGGGCCCGGGCCGCGCCGCCCCCCCCUCCGCGGGGCCCCCAGCCCUCCCCACCGCCCCCGCCCCCGCCCCGCUGCUUCGAGCCCGCCGAGCCCGAAGGGGGGCUGCUCCUGCCGCCGCCCCCCACCGGGGCCGGGCUGGGGGUCCCCGGGCUGCUGGUGGGCGCCGCCGGCGUCGGGGGGGACCCCGGGCUGGGCAGCCUGCCGGCGGGGGCCAACGGCUGCCCGCCCUACGGCGACGGCGCGGCCCGGGGCCCGGGGCCCGACAGCAGCGGCGGCGAGCAGAGCCCCGACGACGACAGCGACGGCCGCUGCGAGCCGGGACCGCGGACGGGGCCCCCCAACGCCGGGAACCGAGGCGGGGCGGCGGCGGGAGCCAAGGCGGCCGACCCCGGCCCGCCCGCCCCGACCAUGGCAGGGCCCGGGACCGGCGUUGGCGGCGGCGGCGGCGGCGGCGGCGGGGGGGGGAAGAAGUCGAAGGAGCAGAAGGCGCUGCGGCUCAACAUCAACGCCCGCGAGCGGCGGCGCAUGCACGACCUGAACGACGCCCUGGACGAGCUGCGGGCCGUCAUCCCCUACGCGCACAGCCCCUCCGUGCGCAAGCUCUCCAAGAUCGCCACGCUGCUGCUCGCCAAGAACUACAUCCUCAUGCAGGCGCAGGCCCUGGAGGAGAUGCGGCGGCUCGUCGCCUACCUCAACCAGGGGCAGGCCAUCUCGGCCGCCUCCCUGCCCGGUUCCGCGGCCGCGGCCGCUGCUGCGGCUGCGGCGGCGGCCGCGGCGCUACACCCUGCGCUAGGCGCUUACGACCAGGCGGCGGGGUACCCGUUCGGCGCCGGCCUCCCCCCCUCCGCCUCCUGCCCGGACAAGUGCUCCCUCUUCAACGGCGUGUCCUCCAGCCUCUGCAAACAGUGCACGGACAAACCUUAACCGCCCCCGGACCCCCCCCCCCCCCAAAAGGUCACAGGGCGGAUCGAUCCAUCGAUCGAUCCCCAACUCUGCACCCGCCGGGCCUCCGCCCUUCCCUCCCGGGGCACGGUACCCGGACAGACUUUAGGGUCGGAGUGGGUGGCCGGUCGGAUCAUCCCCCCCCUUCCCACCCCCCAUCCCAAAGUGGCGACCUUGAAGUCGACCAGAAAUCCACAAAUCACCAUUUGGGGGGUGGGGGGGGGACAUCCAAUUUCUGGGUUGGGAGAAGAGUUUGGGGGCGGUGGGUUCGAAACCUCCCCCCUCCAUAACCCCCAACCCACCGAGGAGGCUGAAUCGGGGCCUCGAGCCCAACCGGGACCGGCCGCCGACUGGAGGGUCACUCGGACGGAUCGGAAAGGGCGUGGGAAACUGUGGAUUCGGGAUUCUGAGCCAGGGGAAAAAAAAGGAAAUAAACUGGAAACGCGGACCCGUUGGAAGGGAAGGACUUACUCGUUGCUCUGAAAGACUUGCAUUUUUUAUUGUCUCUCCACCUCGAUGGGUGAAAAUGCGCGGAGUUUUGGCGAGGGUGGUGGCGAAACGGACCCGUGUGGCUGAAAGUAUCGCAUUUAAAGUAUUUACGUGCACCUUGUUACUUUCCACUUCGCGAUGAUGUACGAACGAGACAUGCUAUUUAUUUGUUAAUACUCGACGACCCCCGCCCCCCGCCAACGGUAUUUAUCAUAUGUUAAAGUCACCGGUUUUAAUGUGCAGAUUUUUUUUUAUGCCUCUAAAGUUUCGUCCUAUGGAUUAAUUUAUAACGUGUGCCAAGUGUUCAGAGGAUUUAUUGGCCAACAUCGGUAAACAGAAAUAUUGAUGUAUCCGAGCUGCUUAGGUUUCUGAAAGGUCACCUGGAAUUUUUUUUUCAAGUCGCAUCAUCCUUGUAUUCAAAUUGAGCUUUAAUAAAUUGCUUCAGUCCAAAAACUACAGGAAAGGCGUAUUCUUAAUUGCCGAAUGAAUUCAUCUCUUUUUGGAAAGGGGACUCAUUGCAUUCGAAGGGAACUAGCUAUUUUACAAGGCAUCACAGCGAUAGAUCCGAUCCUUAAAAAAAAGAAAAGCCACAAGUCAAGCAACUAUUUUUUCAGGCCGUUGUGCAUUUUUAAAAGGUCUAAUUUAAUUGCUUUGAAUAUGUAUAAAACUUAUUUUAACUGUGGGGAUAUUAUUUAAGUUGAAAGCCUGGUUUGAUUUGCAUAAAGUGUGAAAUCUUUGGUUAUUUUUCUAAAAAAAAAGAAAGGGAAAAUAAAAUAAAACUGAGGAAGAACAAGAAGAAGCUAUUUAUCCAAAGGGAGCUUUCAGUUUUAGUUUGCAUGGUCGGGUGCUUGCCUCUGCCAUUUGUAAAUCAUUCAAGAAAAUCUUUUCCAAAACGAGUCUUGCUGUUUUCCACCCCUUACAGAUAAUGCAGAUUCGGUCUGUCGGGUUCGGAUGGUGAACCGGGAAUCAGUUGGCAGGUCAUGGAUGGGUAAAGAGUGAUAUAUAUUAAAUAGGUCAAUCGGAUUAUGACAGCUCUGGAUGAUCGUUUGUAUGUGUUUCUCCGUCGGAAAGAAUCUUUAUUAAAAUAUUU